AUUGACUUAUCUCUUUCAUUACAACAAAACAAAUACUACUACUACUACAUUCUUCAAUUCAGAAAAACCAAAGUUCAAAUUCAAGAAAACAGCAAAAAUGUUUAGUUUCUCAGAUAACGAUUUCUUUGCUCGUCGAUGUGUUUGGGUAAAUGGCCCUGUUAUUGUAGGUGCAGGUCCAUCAGGACUAGCUGUGGGUGCUUGUUUGAAAGAACAAGGUGUCCCUUGUGUAAUCUUGGAAAAAGCUGAUUGUAUUGCAUCAUUAUGGCAAAAGAAAACUUAUGAUCGUUUGAAACUUCACCUUCCUAAACAAUUCUGUCAAUUACCCAAAUUUCCAUUUCCAGAACACUACCCUGAGUACCCUACAAAAAGUCAAUUCAUUGAAUACCUUGAAAAUUAUGCCAAACACUUUGAAAUUAAACCACAGUUUAACGAAUGUGUUCAAUCUGCUAAGUACGACGAAGCUUGUAAGUUGUGGAGGGUUAAAACUGUUUCAGCAAAUGACUCUGAAGUUGAGUACAUUUGCCAGUGGCUUGUUGUCGCUACUGGUGAAAAUGCUGAAAGAGUUGUGCCUGAAAUUGAUGGCCUUAAAGAAUUUGGUGGUGAAGUUAUUCAUGCUUGUGAAUACAAGUCUGGUGAGAAAUUUAAAGGAAAGAAAGUUCUUGUUGUUGGUUGUGGAAAUUCUGGCAUGGAAGUUUCACUUGAUCUUAGUAACCAUGAUGCUCAACCAUCUAUAGUCUGUCGUAGCUCGGUUCAUGUUUUGCCAAGAGAAAUUUUUGGGAAAUCAACUUUUCAGCUGGCUAUGUUAUUGAUGGCAUGGUUACCACUUUGGCUAGUUGACAAGAUUUUACUUAUUUUGACAUGGUUUAUUCUUGGAAACAUUGAGACAUAUGGACUAAAAAGGCCAUCAGUUGGGCCAUUAACACUUAAAAACACACAAGGAAAAACCCCUGUUCUUGACAUUGGUGCCUUGGAAAAAAUCAGAUCAGGAAAAGUUAAGGUUGUCCCUGGAAUCAAGAAGUUUAAUUGUGGCACUGUUGAACUUGUCAAUGGUGAAAAACUUGAAGUUGAUUCAGUUGUUCUUGCCACGGGCUAUUGCAGCAAUGUUCCUUACUGGCUACAGGAAAGUGAAUUUUUCUCCAAAAAUGGGUACCCAAAGGCACAAUUCCCUAACAACUGGAAGGGAAAAUCUGGGCUAUAUGCAGUUGGAUUUACAAAGAGAGGGCUGGCUGGUGCUUCUGUUGAUGCAAUUAGAAUUGCAACAGAUAUUGGCAAAGUACACAAAGAAGAUCUGAAGCAAAAGAAGCAAAAAGUACCAACACAUAGACGUUGCAUCUCAACCUUUUAAUUAAUUUCAAGUGAACAAAUCGUAAAGAAGAAGAAGAAGAAUAAAAUCUCAGAAAAUUCCCUUCUUUUUUAAUUCACAGGGAAUAUUAAGAGAAAGAGAUGUAAAAUAAUUGUGUAAAGAAAACAUAUACAAAAAGCCAGAAGAUUAGCCAUAGGUUUCAGCCCUCUCCAAAAAGCUCAAGUUUUGAUAUAAAUUGGGCGUUUUGUAUCCAAGGAUGUAGAGGCGAUUUAGUAAAAUCCUCUUUUCUUUUAUUUGUUUUGUAUUGACAUUUCACAUAAACUUGUACAAUCACUACUGAUGUAUUAAUUUCAAUGACAAAUUCCUUUACAA